UCAUGUCAGCCACUUCAAGUCGUAGAGACAGAGAGAGAGAGAGAGAGCCAUCUUCCUGCUAAUGGCUUCCAGCACCCAGAUGAUCUUCUUACUCAGCAUUGUUGGUGCUCUCAUCUCCACGGCGUCUGCAUGCUGCAAGUCCGAGAGCUUCCACAACAGGCGCUACGCCCGCUGCACCGACCUCCCCGUCCUCAAUUCCUCCCUCCACUGGACUUACUCCUCCGCGGACCACUCACUCGACAUCGCCUACAGGGCUCCCCCCUCCGCCCCCGGCGGCUGGGUGGCCUGGGCCAUCAACCCCUCACGCCUCGGCAUGGUCGGCUCCCAGGCCCUGGUCGCCUACGUCGACCACGGCAAGGUCACCGUCUUCACCACCUCCGUCGACAGCUAUGGCCCCUCCAUGCGGAAGAUGAGCCUCAGCUUCCCCGUCUGGAACCUCGCCGGAGAGACGACGCACGGCGCCGACAUUGUCAUCUACGCUAAGCUGCGGCUGCCGUGGAAGAACACGACCAUCAACCAGGUGUGGCAGAGCGGGACGUCGGUCUCCAACGGGGUGCCGCAGAUGCAUCCCAUGGUCCCCGAUCACUUCCGCUCCACCGGCAGACUGAAUCUGCUCUCGGGCCUUCCGCAACAGGCGCUACGCCCGCUGCAUCGACCACCCCGUCCUCGGCUCCUCCCUCCACUGGACCUAUUCCCCCUCCGACCACACCCUCGACAUCGCCUACAGGGCUGCGCCCCCGCCCCCGGCGGCUGGGUGGCCUGGGCCAUCAACCCCGCCCACCUCGGCAUGGUCGGGUCUCAGGCCCUCGUCGCCUACGUCGACCGCGGGAAGGUCAACGUCUUCACCACCUCCGUCGACAGCUACAGCCCCUCCAUGAGGAGGACGGCCCUCAGCUUCCCCGUCUUGAACCUCGCCGGAGAGACGACUUCCGGCGGCAACAUCGUCAUUUACGCCAAGCUGCGGCUGCCGGGAAGAGGCACCAUCAUCAACCAGGUGUGGCAGAGCGGACCGGUCACCAACGGGGUUCUGCAUAUGCAUCCAAUGACCGGCGGUCACUUGCAGUCGAGCGGGAGACUGAACCUUCUCUAAGGCUGGGUGGAGCAACGUGACGAUCAUACGCUCCGGCGGAUGUUGUUUUCCUAGUUCUUUCUACUUUUUUUCUUUUGUUGGGAAAGGCUAUAGCUGUGUUUUCCUAGGAAUCUGCUUCUUUCCCUUGUUUGAUCUGUUUGGAAUGUUCGUCAUCGCAUGAAUAAAGAGGGAAAAUGACUUGGAGCUA